AUGGCGACAGCGGCUGCAACUCGUCCGAGCGGCCCGGUCCUGUUAAUUCCCAACUACGCCUCCGUCUCCCCCAACCGUGUCAAGCUUUCCGCCGCCCGCUCGCCGGCCAAAUCCGUCAGCGUCUCGUCGCCGCCGGUGCCGUCCGGCGCCGUCAAGAACCGUCGUUCAUGCAUGUGUUCGCCAACGAACCACCCGGGCUCGUUCCGAUGCAGCCUACACAAGGAGGGAAAGCCCGCCCCGGCACUCCACGGCAACAGCAAGCCCACGCCUACUCCGCGGCCGUCCGCCGUCGUCUCGACCGGCUGCGGCGCGGCCGAAGGGGAAGGCAGCCGUACGUUGGCCCGCAGGGCGAUCAAUCCGCCCACGCAGCCACCGCGCCAGAGGCGAGCCGCCGGAGGGUUCCGCCCCCGCCCCCAGCCCAGUCGCCUCUCCGCCGUCUCGUUCGCCGGGGACCGGGCCGGCAAGAACCGCCAGUGA